AUGGAAGUGGACGACAUCUCGGCUAAUUUUCUGAUUCGUUCAUCCUAUGAUGUUUUUCCGUCAUCUACGAAUUUAGUAAGAUGGAACGUCUCAGAGAAUGGCUUAUGCAAAUGCGAAAAGGUCGGAACACUGAAACAUAUUCUUUCCAACUGUUUGGAAGGGUAUAAAUUGAAUAGGUAUACAUGGAGACACAACCUGGUCCUGAAGAUUAUCUUCAAUGUUAUGAAGAACCAAAUUCAUCUCAACAACACUAAGAAAAAACCGUUGAAAGAACCAUCUAGAGAUUUUAUUACCUUCGGUUUAAAGAAGAACAAAAAACUUCCUAUGAGAGAUGAAAAGUGGAACGGCUAUUCGGAAGUGACUGCAGAUUUACCUGGUUAUAAUCGAGCGACUAGUCUCUCGAGUAGAGAAGAGGAAGAGCAUGAAGAAAAAGAACACAACAAACAAGAUAUCGAAGUUUUAUCUCAAUCCGAUACUGAGAACCAAUUAGAUUUAGCAAACGAUUUCGAUGGUAAUGACAAUGACAACGAUAAUGAGGGUAGCGAGAAUACAGACGAAGAUAAUGAAAGCAAAGAAGAAGAGGAGGCGGAAGAAGAAGAAGAGGGGGAGGAGGAGGAGGAGGAGGAAGAAGAAGAGGAGGAAGAGGAAAAAGAAAAACAAGAAAAACAAGAACAAAUAGCAGAACCAGAAGUAAAUUACAAAAAGGGUGAUAGAAAUGAAAACAGUUACUCCAAAGAGGAGAUUCCAAUACAUGUGAAAGAAGAAGUCAAUACCAGCAUCCAGUUUCUUGAGAGACAUCAUCACCACAAACAUCAUCAUCAACACCACCAUCUUUAUCGUCAACAACAACAUCAACACUAUCACUAUCAGGAGAACAGUCAGAGUCAACAACAGCAGCAAUCACAGGAGCCGACGGUAUUAAAUGGUGUUAAAAUAUUAGCAGACGACACACAUCGUGAAUCAUUGUUGGCUUUCAGUAAGACUUCACAAGAUGACACCACUGUUACCACUGCUACUACCUCAUUCCCUACUACAGCAACUACUGCUGGUGUUUUAAACAUUUCUACUAGCAAUAACAACACCAUUAGUAUAAUUACAACACAUACGAUCGAUGUUAAAGAUAGCAAAUCAUAUCACAUCAGUAACACUACCUCAGCAACCACAACCACAACCACAACCACAACUACAACUCCAUCAACAAACAACAUUAUAGAUAUCAACAAUACAGCUAACAGCAUAAAUUUCAACAACAGCUGCUAUUCUCAGAGCAACAAAAGCAACGUUAAUAGCAAAACAAAUAAGACGGUCUCAUCACACAAUAAUGAUGAAGACAAUGCAGAUGAGGAAAGCAAAAGACGAACAAUUUCACUUAAUGUUAUCAAAAAUAUACACACCAAUGACAAUUUUUUGCUUCCACCUAUAACUCUAAUUAAAAAAGAGUUUGGAGAUCGAGACAAGCUGCCUGCGACUAAUUCCACAGGUUGGGAAAAUAAUAUUUUGCCCCAUAUGGAAAACAGACAAAAGAAAAUUGAUCUAGCAUACGGAAACGAGCUCAAUUACCAUACUGAAAAGCAUUUACGCAGUUCAAAUGAUGCCAAUUUAAUUGUGGAGAAUCGACCAGAAUCUCUGAAUAACAACCGUUGUUUCGGAAGACUAGACUGUAGAAAUGAGACUUCUGCCAACAGUUGUAGAGAUAAACCACGCAAAAAGAGGUCAAGAGCUGCUUUUUCACACGCUCAGGUAUUCGAACUGGAAAGCCGGUUCCGAAGACAACGCUAUCUUUCCGGCCCGGAAAGAGCGGAUUUAGCACAGAUAUUAAAACUAACUGAAACACAGGUAAAAAUAUGGUUUCAAAAUCGAAGAUACAAAACAAAGCGGCGUCAACUACAGCAAGAACAGGCUUUAGCUGCUUCCGCCAAAAAAGGGACUGUGAAACUCCUUGUUAAAGAUGGUAAAAGAUUGUAUAACCCUGAAGAAAUGAGCCGGCCGUUUUUCUACCCUUCAGUACCAAUUCCCGGCUUAAGCUUUUUCUACUACCUCCCUGAGGAAUCAAUGAUUUAUUGAUUUAAACAGAAAUAAAGUUCAAAAGGAUUGAACCUAACGUCUAGAUAUACUUCUAACUGUCUGUCAUUACUUACACUCACACACACACACAUACUUUCGUACGUACACACACGUGCAUUCUCUGAUAUAUAUUAAUGUGAAAUUCACAUACUCUUGAAAUCACUUUGGCCAUCUUCAUCUGAUGACUAUUCCGAUUUUCUUACUGGAAGGAAGAACAUAAUUAUACAUUCAUUUUACUAUAUUACUUUUGUGUAAUCUCUUCGAUAUUUGAACAAA